AUGGUGAACGGCGGGGUGGCUUCUAACGCGGAUUAUCCGUACGCGGGCGCGAUUAACUCGACCUGUGCAAGCGUCUCGAAGUUGAAGCUCAAGGCGAAGAUCAACGGGUGGGAGAAGGUGCCGGCGCGGAGCAACACGGCGCUGAUGAAGGCCGUGGCGCAGCACCCCGUGCUCGUGUACAUCGCCGGCAGUAGCAACGACUUCAUCAAUUACUCGGGUGGGAUUUUUUUCGGGCAGUGCAGCGGCGAAAUCGACCACGCGGUGUUGGUCGUGGGCUACAGUCUCGUCGACCCAAACUCGCCCGUCUGGAUUGUUAAAAACACCUGGGGAUCCUCCUGGGGUGAAGGCGGUUACAUGAGGCUACCGAUGCUGGCGGACGGGCCUGGCAAGUGUAAUAUGUUAAGCGAACGGGGUAUUUACCCUACCUUUUACGAUAAGACCAAGGGAGCGGCUCUCUGCAAGCUCCCGAUCAAUCCUUGCGGAGGCGGGACGUGUGUGGUGACGAACGGUGGUGCGCGGUGCAAUUGCCCGCCUGGGUAUGUAGAGAGACUGGAGAACGACGCGCCUAAGUGCACGGUGGCUACACCUUGUGAUGCGAAUCCGAAUCCGUGCGGUAUCGGGACAUGCUACAACGAGUUCGAUGGCAGCUACACUUGCGCAUGCCCUGCUGGCUCGGUUAUCGGUUCGCGUGUUGAGGGCAGCAUGACUUGCGUGCUCGGCACUUUCCAAUCGGGUCUCCAAACUUACACAAUUCUGCUAGGCGACACCUGCCAAACCGUUGCCAGCACGUUUGGAUUCACCAUAGACUUUCUCCAAACCAAGAAUCCGUUCCUCGACUGCUCGCAACCACUCACCCCUGGUUACGUCAUUCUCGUCGGUUCGACAAACACCACUUUAGGCUGCUCCGCGAUGGAUAUAGUUAGUCCCGGCGACACAUGUAGCACAGUUGCUACACGCAACAACAUCACUGUACGCCAGCUGUUAGGGAUCAACCCAACCCUCAACUGCAACGUGUCGCUGCAGCGGUCGCAGAUGCUGUGCGUCGCACCAGGGGCCCUGUCGUCCACGUCGCCGUUGAUCCGUUCGUGCGGGCGCGUGUACAACGUGGGCCCGCAGGACAGGUGCACAGACAUCGCCCGCGGGUUCAACAUCUCGCUCAUCGAUUUCGUCUGGCUGAAUCCGGGGCUUCGGUGUGACGACAACCCCAUCAGCAAUGCCAUUGCAGUCUGCGUGGCUCCUCUCACCACUGAGUUUAUCACAGUGGAUUGCAACUCGUGGUACACAGUCACACAGGCGGACACGUGCUCUCUCAUGGCCAAUUCCGUCGGCCUCACAGUCAACCAGUUCCUCCGCCUCAACCCGGGCCUCAGGUGCUACCCACCCUACCUUCAAAUCGGACAGAGAGUCUGUGUGAACGGCACAACACAGUCCAUGACCAAGUAUCCGCUCUCUCCAAACGUCAUCCCCUACUCCGUGGGGCUUUGCCCUGCCGCUCGUGCGAUCUGGGCCGUGCAAUCUGUGCAACGAGGGGAUCUGCCAGAACCGGACGGCAAUAGAACCUGUUCCAAACACGUGCCCUGCGCCGCCCGGCAUGUGCCCGUUCCCAACGUGGCCUCUCACUCCGGAUUAUUUCUACUACUGCCCAUGGAUGUUCAAAUCGCAGUGUGA